GCCCGGAUUCUGGCCCGGCGUGUUGCUCGCUUUGGCUCCAGGUCCCACCACUGCUGGAUUCUGCCUCAGCCUUUCUCUCUCGUCUCUCCAGUCAAUCUCAAAGAGCUUUCAUACAUUUUCUUUGCAGACUUCUGAUACCACCGUGCAGGUCGGGUCUGGUGUUUUUUUUUCUCGUGCAGCUACGGGCCUUGUCCGGUCCUUCUCAUUGCAUUCAUUUGGGGUCCUCCCCGUCUGCUAUUCUUCGCACGGAUCCAAUCCGGUCUUCCUCCCUUGAAUCACGACGGAUCCUUCCACUCGCGUGCAUCUUGCAGUUGACGACUCUGGGAGCUGCCGUCUGAAGUGACAGGAUACAAAGCAAUUCUGGUUCCGGAUGUUCUUGAAUUGAUUUACGUUUAAUCGAGUCCACCAUGCCUCUGUCCAGCCCACGCAGUUCAGCUGAGAGAACACUCCGCAAAAUUGACAUUGCUCAGGUAUCCCUUAGUCUUCAGGAUCGCCUAGGCCUUGCCAAAGUCAAAUAUCAAAAUGGCCGUCUGCGUGCCCUGGGCACCCAUGGUCAGAACGAAGAUGUCCGGACUGGCUUUCCCACGAGCGACAGACCGUCCGAUUCCUCAUCCGAAAUUAUACAAAACGGUUAUGAGACGCCGCUAACCUCGCCUCCCCUGGGAUCCUCGCUUUUCACAAAGGAAUUGCCUAGGUCAGCGAGAAACAGACACGCAGCGACCUUCAAUCCUGGAGCGAUGCACCCCAUGCUGACUGCCAGUCGAAAGCGGGUGCGGUCGAACUCGAUAACGGACCGUCCUGUGAAAAUGGCUCGGGUCUCGUGGAAAAGUUCUCAUCGGCUACCGGAGUCAUCUCCAGGGUUCAACCGUCCCCGGUCCAUGUAUACCAGUCACGCUUCCUUUGUCUCGGACGCUCCGACGAUCCCCGAGCUUUCGUCGCCAGGUUGCCAUAACCACUCCGACGAUGACAACGAUCCAGAUCUCCCUGCACACAGUUUUCAGAACGUCAGUUCGUCGAUGAUCAGCUCUUCGCCUCCGCGCACCCCACCUCCUAACCAUUCUCGCCUGACGCGGGCCGACAAGGCUUUGCAACGAGAGGACGGGGCAGAUCUGCUCCUCUAUCUGGCAAAUUCUCCAACGCCCGCCGCGAUCAGCAAUAAGAUGCAAAACCGCGACGUUUUACCGUCGACUCCGCCCAGCCAACACGCAAUGCUGCCGUCGUUGACCCCUACACCGGGCGGCGGUCUCUUCGCCAACUUCGGCACGCCCAAUCAGCAGUUCAAUUUUGCGGAUUUCGUCAAUGUCACGCCCAGCCCAGCCCAGGUCCCCUGGGGUGGGAGAACACCAGGCGGUCCAUCAAGGACACCACUCGCGGCCAAGGACGCUAGAAAGAGACUGAACUUCGACAAUCUGCCUCCUCCUAAUGUGGACAGCCCGGGAAAGGGCAAAGAUUCCGGCCUCGCUUUGCAGCUAGGUGGAGAGCUGCGGCCAUGAAAUCGUUUAUUUUAUCAGGAUGACAUCCGCAUCCUCUUUUCCUUAUGUGUCUCCCCUUUUCCUUUGUCUAGCAAUCACAUUUCUGCCACGACCCCUUGAUGAUGUACG